AUGAGAAUUCAUUUUUUGCUUACAAUUAUUUUCAUAUUAAAAUGUUAUAUAUGUGCCAAAACAAAAUAUAAUAACUAUGGAUCGUGGAUAGAUUUAAAGUACCCAGGGAAAAAAGAAAGAUCAAAAACCUACAGAAUAAAUUUGAUGCAUAUUAAUAAUACAAUUCCGUUAGAAAAUAUAUAUAAAAAAAUACACAAUAAUUUGAAGUGUAAUAUAAUUUAUAACGUAAAAUACUACAGAAAUUACUUUAUAAAUAGUUAUUAUAAAAAAACAAAUAUAGUAAAAGUUAAACGCCUUAAUAAUUUAUGGGCUAAAAAAAAAGGUGUCGGAAGUACAAAAAAUGGUAGAGAUAGUAAUCCCAAAAAUUUAGGUGUAAAAAUAUUAGGAAAUAAUUUUGCACACGCUGGUAAUAUUAUUGUUAGGCAAAGAGGAAGGACGUUUAAACCAGGUUAUGGAGUAAAGCAAGGAAGAGAUUUCACUUUAGUUGCAACUAAAUCUGGAAAAGUUCAUUUUUUUAAUCGUGUUGUAAGUAUUAUUGAUGUUAGUGCCCCUAAAAUAAUGACGUAUAAAGAUGUUUAUCAAGAAAAUCCAACCAUUCUAAGCUUAUCAAAAAUGUGGACUUCUGCAGCUUAG